AUGGAAUCGGCUAAUCUAAAUAAAGAAAUUGCUAGUUGUGUGAAAGCUGCGGUUCGUGUUCGUCCAUUAUCAAAAAAUGAAGAACAUGAUCUAUGUCAAACAUGUGUUGAUAUACAACGAACAACAAAUGAAAUAAUUCUUGCUAAUAGUACAGCAUUUACAUUUGAUCAUGUAUUUUUACCAGAAACAAUACAAGAAGAUGUUUAUCGUGAAUGUGUUUACGAUAUGAUUGAAGGAUGUUUUCAAGGUUAUAGUGCAUCUAUACUUGCUUAUGGACAAACGGGUUCUGGGAAAACUUUUACUAUGGGUAGUGGAAUUGAAUAUAAUGAUCCGAGUAAAGAAGGUAUUUUACCUCGUGCUAUUAUGCAUAUAUUUCAACGAUGUGCAAGUUAUGAACGUGAAGCUGAAUCAAAAGGUAUUGCUCUAUCAAAAUGUGUUGUUUCAUGUCAAUUUAUUGAAAUUUAUAAUGAAAACAUCUAUGAUUUAUUUAAUAAAGAAAAUAUUGAUUUUCGUUCACAAAAAAAUUCUGAUAAACAUGUUGUAUUUGAAAAUAGUAAUGGUGAAAUAGCUGUUACUAAUAUUACAACACGAUUUGUUACAACUGCACAAGAGACACUGGAUUGUUUAAAAGAAGGCGCUCUGAGUCGAACAACAGCAUCAACACGUAUGAACAGUGUGUCAAGUCGAUCACACGCCAUAUUUACUGUUAAUUUACAAUUUGAACGUGUUGCUUCAUCAGUAUCUACAUCAAAUUCAAAUUUACGUGAACAAUUUCGUGCUAAAAUUCAUUUUGUCGAUUUAGCUGGUUCAGAAAGUUUAAAACGAACAGGUGCAACAGGUCAACGUGCUAAAGAAGGCAUUAGUAUUAAUAGUGGUUUGCUUGUUCUUGGUAAUGUUAUAUCAAUCUUAGGUGAUCCAAUGAAAAAAGGUGCACAUGUACCUUAUCGUGAUUCAAAAUUAACUCGUUUAUUACAAGAUUCAUUAGGUGGAAAUAGUCGAACAUUAAUGAUUGCUUGUAUUUCACCAGUUGAUCGUGAUUUUUCUGAAACAAAAAGUACAUUAAAUUAUGCUCAACGUGCACGUAAUAUACGUAAUCGUGUUAAAGUUAAUCAAGAUAAACAUAGUAGACAAAUAAUACAAUUACAAAUGGAAAUUGAACGAUUACGUGCAUUAGUUGAUAAAAAUGAACGUUUACCAACAGUUGAAUAUGAUCAAGCAAGUAAUAGUGCAUUAAAUCAAGAACUUGAACGUAUACGAUCAUAUAUAUAUACAAUACAACGUUCAAUUAAUGAAACAAAUACUGUAUCACAAAUAUUAAAACAAGAUCUUGAAAUAGUUCGUGGUCAUCGACAAAUAAAUGAUACAACAUUUGAUUAUGAUCAAGCAUUAAAUCAAUGUUUAAUUAGAAGUGAUGAAAUUCAAUCUCGAUUAUCACGUAUGAUUGAUGUUAGUAAUGUACUUCGUAAACGUAGUCCAUUAUCUUGUCGUCGUAAAAGUCGUUUAACAAGUAAGUCAUAUGAUGAAUUUUAGUUCGCUAGUCAUUACAGUAAAACCUCUUGUGCGAAUCGCCUUUUCAGAUGUUAGAAUUAAAAUUUUUUUGCUUUUUGGUUUUUCAUCGUUAAUAUAGUGUUGAAGUAUCUUCUGUCAAAUGCCAUAUAAAUGAGGGCUCUUCGUUGGUAGUUCAUUUAACCCAAAAUCUCGAAAUUCCUUGCAGAAAAACUCGUGCUGCAAUUAUUCUCGGCAUGCAAAAUUCUCCUAAGGAUAAUUUCUGAAAGUGUUGAGAGCAGGAGUCAUACCUCUAACACCGAUGAACACGACCCAUUUUUGACCACUUUAAUUGAAGGAAAAAAAUCCUAAUACAUAUAGGAAAGUUAGUUUUGUAUUUUUCUAAACAUCAAUUUUUGAAUAAAAGAAAACGAAAUUUUCUCUCACAAUGUGCGUCUGAUCAGACUCAAAUUUUUUGUGAGUAUUUUAAUCAAAUUAAGGUAUGUAUUUUCUUCAGAAUGUUGCUCCCACGAAAAUUUAGCAGUCUUUUAACAAUUUGUACUAUUGAAAAAACAUUGGUUCUGUGACGGAACUUUCAGUAUUUUGCUUCUCCUGAGCCCUGCAAAUAAUAUUUUUGAAAGAGAAAGGAAACACACAUCCUGAUUUGAUACUA